AUGGGUCAAAGUGCUUCGACUCAACGUGAUCGGGAAGACUUCCUCCACCGCAAUUCUCGACGCUUCUCUCAAAUCGUCCAGGAUAGAGAAACCAGAGAUGGGCCAUCUCCGAGACUAUGGUCUUCUGGUCCGCGAACCACCGAUCAGCCGAUCCAAGGAACAUCCACAACGCCCUCUCAGGUACAAGACUCUCAGUCCUCGCGGCCCAUCGCAACGUUCAGCCGGCAGAUAUCCGCCCAAUCAAUACCGGCCUUAAGAGGAGGAGCAGGGAACAGCAGAGACAUCUUAACCCGAGAUGAGAUAUUCUAUGAGCAGCACGAGCAGCGGCCCCUGGCUGACAUGGGGGACCUGGGUAUGCAGAGUACUCCAAUCACGCACAUUACCGCGUCUCCAAUGCCAAGACGAACGAGCCGAAUGGCCAGGUUAAGCUCAAUGAUUAUGCCACGCUAUGCUGCAAGCGAAAUUCCAGGUGACGGCCAGGGAGAGGGUCGUUUCCUGAGACGGAGAUUGUCGAAUACUGAUCCCUCAAAUACUACGAACGACGCAAGAGAUCACCCCACUCAUCGCCUGUCAUUAUUUGGCUCCUUGACUCCGAGACCUUCCACUGGUUCAAGGCCAAGGCGGCCGAGAGAGCUUGCACCAAUUUCUCGUCCCUUUCCUCUCAGCCCCGAUGGGUCACUGCCCCCUUCUGGCUUUACGCAGUCUCCGCUUCGCGAAGUACUUCCAUCAAGGACACUUUCUACGGCGCCUGGUAGCCCUCCAUCAAGAUUCUUCUCAAUCUCUCGUAGCGCUCGCCUAUCGAGAGUCCGUCGAUCUAUCUCGACUCCAUUUGAAGCUUUGCUUCCUACAACAAACGCGCCAAGUCCGGAUCAUGGUCGUCAACUACCGCCUCAACGUCCCUUGAGACUAACACCGACCCAUGAUCCUAAUUCCCCGCUUCCACCACUUGAUGUCGCCGAUCCAAGCAUUGGCAUGAAUAGCCCCAGACCUGAAACAUCACCUUCUAGUAACAGGGAACAAAGAGUUUCAGGUGUCGCUACCCUGUCCGAGUCUCCUGAGCGUACUGUCUCUAGGGUUGAGCCGGCUAGUUGGACGGAACGUUGGACGGAACGUGGGCCUGGCGGAAGACGCGAAGGUCGCAGGAUGCCCAGUAUGCUCCGAGGCCGAUCAAGUCGGCUGAUCAGGCGUGACAACGAUGGCCCUUUGCCUCGGAUUCUACACUUAGCUGCCACUGCAAUUGCCGCCCAGCUUUCCGGAACGUCUGAACAGCCUGUCCCAGACAUCCAGGCAAUUGGCCCUGAUGAUUUGGACGGGAGUCUCAACAAUCUCUUUCGGACGCUUCAAAAUGCGACGAGUCUGACUGGAGAAACACGUACUCAUGACGGCAGCCAAGAUUCCACACGCCCUCUAGGUACAUUACCUCCUCUGAAUUUUUUACGGGUCUUUCGAUUCGUUAGUCAAACUUCGACUACGAUAGCCGCAAAUGCUACGUCAAAUGCUGAGAGGACGGGUGGGCGAACAAGAGCCAACAGUCAUUCAGCAGCGGAUGAAAACGCUUCUGUCGAUCGCGAAGGAAGGACCGUAACGCUGGUCGUAGUUGGAGUCCGCUCAGUUCCGUCGGAAAACAUCGGUCUCGAAGAUACAGCCACUGGAGAAUCUAAUUUGGACUCCCUGCUCAAUUUCUCACCCUUGGCUCCAACCAACGCCCAUAGGCAUGGAGCUGGCGGCUUACUUAGGCAUGCUAAUGGCAGAUCGAGGUUCCCACAUCGUCGACGUGCUUCUAUUGGAGGACUUAACACAUUUCCAGCUAAUUAUGAUAGCCAACGACACCAGCGUACCUUGAGCCCAAGUAGACAGGGUUCUACAGAUAUAUAUCCGAAUCCCAGCUCAGCUAACCCUCCUACACCCUCUGAAUCCCCUCCAGGGCCCCAUCCUCCACCGUCUACUCCCGCAGAUCCUGGCCUGUCUGCGUACUCUUCUGCAGCUACGACGCCCAGUCGUCGACCGUCAUCCGCAUCAGCAAUACAGCAGCCACCGAUGCCCAACCGAGACCUAGCAGUACAGCAUUUGCGAGAAGCGGGAUCAUCUGACCCCGAAGACCAAGCGACUCGUGUGCAGCACCGGCGAAGGAGCGAUUCGGAAUUUGCGCGUCACCGGAAUCUUGGAGCUGGUGCCGCUAGACGAAACGGAAUGGUAGAACCGGACGAGGUCGACACUGGCGAUACUCCAGCCCCAGGAAGUCGAAGCUGGUUGAUAUACGUCGUUGGCACAAACCUUUCCGAAGAUCAUCCUGCAUUGACCACUCCAAGCCUUUUCACAGAUAAUCCCACAUACGAAGACAUGUUACUGUUAUCCUCCCUUUUGGGUCCCGCCAAGCCUCCCGUCGCCAGUCGUGAGGAUGUUGCUUCAGCAUCAGGAUUAUUUUGUAUCAAGCGGUCUGCAGAUACACUUGUUGCAGAAGCUACCCGGGGUAUGAGCCAGAUUCGAAUAGGCUCCAGUGAGCGCUGCUUGGUCUGCCUCGAAGAGUACCAAGCCGAAGAGCAAGUGCGGCAGCUGAAGAAAUGCUCUCACCUGUUUCAUCGUGAAUGUAUCGAUGUGUGGCUCACUACUGGGCGUAAUUCUUGCCCUCUUUGCAGAGGACAAGGGGUUGAUGAGCAAAAGGCGCCUCAGCAGGGACGCCCAACUUCAUCCUCGCCGAGGCUCUCUUCGGCAUCAUGA